GCCAAUUGCCAAUGCAGUGACGUAGACACUGGAAUGGGCCCCUUGGCCCCGUCAAGCAACAUCCAUGAGCAUCUGCCUACCAUCACCUCCUACUGGUUCAGUUACUCGUUAUGACAGGAUAUCGUCCCAGGAAAACUACUGUUGCCACCAGAAAGCGCAAUGCUACAGCAUCGCCAGCAUCGCGUGGUGCAGCCAUUUCAACUGCCAUCCUUGCUGGCACCUUUGCUGCGCUGGCCUCUGUCUUUGCCAAGCUGACACUAGAUGUCCGGACAGUCGAAUUUUUGCGGUACGCCUGCAACACCGUCCUUGCACCCACCACGCCAUACUGCACGUCUCUAUUCAUUGCAAAGGAGGGCGAAACGAGUCCGAUUGUUUUGGCCGUGAGGACGGCAUGCUUCGGAUUGAUCUUCAUUUGUAACGCGGCCAUGUGGACCCUGUUCACCAAGGCAUUGAACCGCUCAAAGUCUUCGGCCACUGUCACUGUGAUCAACAGCGCCGCCAACUUUUGUCUCACAGCCGUUCUCGGAUAUGCGCUGUUCUCGGAGCCAUUGGCAUUGCAGUGGUGGUUUGGUGCAAGCUUGAUUGUCUUGGGAAGUGUCCUUGUGAGCUUGAACGAGACGAACAAUGCAUCUAAACAAAAGAGCGAGUAGGUAGAAAAGAAUUAACAUCUUCAAUAAAGAUUUCCUGGUAAAUUAUCUGAA